UCCAGUUUUGUAUUUCAGUUAAGUACGAUUAGUUCUAUGCCUUCCUAUAACUGACAACAGCAGGCCAAGCUAGGAAGUGGGUAUUACUUGACUCCUGUAUCUCCUCCUUCCAGGCCCUCCUUCAGGCAUAAAAGAAGGCAGCUGAGUGUAGGUCAUGCAGAAUUGCAGGCACGUGAAUGCAGCUAGUGACUUCCACAGCACUACAAACAUGGAGGGCCUGCCUUGUGCCUUAUUAUCUGACAAAAUGUGUCAUCUUCCAGAAGAUUAUAUUGAGCUUGUUAAGUUACAUUUCAGAAUUAUCUGGUUUAAAGACUUUGUUCAAAACCAGCAGCAAUGUUCACAAGUGACUCAAGCACUCUUUGUUUGGGCACAGCUACCACACGUAACCCAAGAGCUCCUGCAGAGUCUGCCAAACUUGAAAGUGAUUGUAAAUGGAGGAGUGGGUGUGAACCACCUGGAUCUGAAUUUAAUCUCCAGAUUUGGGGUCAAAGUGGGCAAUACACCACAUGUGCUCAGCAAUGCCACUGCAGACAUGGGCAUGGCUCUAAUGUUGGCAUCUGCUCGUAGGUUAAUUGAAGGAAUCAAUAUUGCGUGUUCCCCAGAGACUACAGCUUUUGAUUGUAACUGGAUAGGAAUUGAUGUAUCGGGUACCACAUUAGGUAUAAUUGGAAUGGGCAACAUUGGAUUCAAGGUUGCUCAGAGAGCAAAAGGAUUUGAAAUGAAGAUCCUGUAUCACAACAGGAACAGACGACAUAAGGAAGAAGAAGCAGUUGGAGCACAUUUCUGUGAAAAGAUUGAAGAUUUACUUCAGCAGUCAGAUUUUGUGAUGAUAGCUGUUAAUCUCACUCCUGAAACAGUAAAGCUGAUUGGUAAACGAGAGCUUGAUAUGAUGAAGCCAACGGCCACACUAAUCAACAUCAGCAGAGGUCAAGUGGUCGAUCAAGAUGCACUGGUGGAAGCUCUUCAGAAAGGUGUUAUUCGUGCUGCAGCACUGGACGUGACAUACCCAGAGCCACUGCCAAGACAUCACCCAUUGUUGACCAUGAAAAAUGUCAUUUUGUCACCUCACAUAGGAUCGGCUACUUACAAUACUAGAAAAAGCAUGUUGCAGAAGAUGGUAGAAAAUGCCGUGGCUGCUAUUAAUGGAACUCCUCUUCCAGAUGAGGUAGUUCCCAGAUAACAUAAAGGAGCACAUUAAUAUGCAUUUUAUUUUCCAUCUCACAACCCUAUCACAGACCUGAUUUAUAUAACUGCUAGAAUGAAAGCCAAAAUUCCAAAAUCAUUACCAGUAUUCAACUGGAUAAAGAAAUCUUCACAGUCACUGGAUAUUUUUGCCUUUCCCACACCAGUAAACAAUCUUAAUUUGCUUUGCUGACCUAUAGUAAUCCUUUCUAUUUGUUUCUUAAUAAGGAUAAUAACUGAGGAAGAGGAAUCAUUUGCUGUCAUGCAACUAUUGGAUGUUUUCUUAUUUUGGACCCUAAAUUCUCACAGUAUUCCUUCCUGGCAGCACUUGAGCAGCAUACAUUGGGCUAAGUGGUCAGAGGGGGUUAACAUUACUUCCUCAAAUGUUUCAUUCUCCACCCAGCCCCCCACCCCAGAAUUCUGCCAGUCAUCUAUUGUCUCCUGUCAUGUCUUCCAACCUCCACUAGAUGUUGUUAAUGAAUCUGACAAUUAUAUCCAAGGGACGCCUACUGCCCCACCACCUUCCCAAAUGUGGCAGUUAGGCAAAUUCUACUUAUAGCCAUACAUCUGGCUUCUGUUGUCUGAUUCGUUACUUAGAUAUGGGCUGCCAGUGGUGCCUGUAUGGUUUAGGUCAUGACAUUAGAAUGUUCUAAUCAUUAGGGGUCAUGACAUUAGAAUCUUCUAAUCACUAGGGGUCAUGACAUUAGAAAGUUCUAAUCAAGACAAAACAGUCAGACUUACUUGUAAUCUCAAUUAAAUACUUACAACUUUGUUUCCAUGAUUUUUUGUACUACACAGAUAAUUACAUGAUUGUACUUUCCUUUAGUUCUACUUAAUGUAAUAAACAUCUUUAUACAGA